CUCAUGCUCGUGCCCGCCACCCCUCCCCCUGCAGCGACAGUCUACAAACCCGGCUGCGCGCCCCCGUGAAGCAGAGCAUUGUAUGAACCAGAGGCUGUUGAAACGCUGACCGACUCUCCUCCGCGAAAAACACCGAUUAACCCCGCUGCAAGCCGCAAAAACUGCAGGGAUGGCAGCCAUCCGUAAGAAGCUAGUGAUCGUUGGAGAUGGAGCUUGUGGGAAAACCUGCCUCCUGAUCGUCUUCAGCAAAGACCAGUUCCCAGAGGUGUACGUGCCCACUGUGUUUGAGAACUACGUGGCUGACAUUGAGGUGGAUGGCAAGCAGGUGGAGCUGGCUCUGUGGGAUACAGCUGGUCAGGAGGACUACGACAGACUGAGACCCCUCUCUUAUCCAGACACAGACGUCAUUCUCAUGUGCUUCUCCAUCGACAGCCCCGACAGCUUGGAGAACAUUCCAGAAAAGUGGACCCCAGAGGUCAAACACUUUUGCCCCAACGUUCCCAUCAUCCUGGUUGGAAACAAGAAAGACCUGCGCAACGAUGACCACACACGCCGGGAGCUGGCCAAGAUGAAGCAGGAGCCAGUCAAGUCCGAGGAGGGCAGAGAGAUGGCUGGCAGAAUCUCUGCGUUCGGUUACAUGGAGUGCUCCGCCAAAACCAAGGAUGGCGUGCGGGAAGUCUUUGAAAUGGCCACCAGAGCGGCGCUCCAGGCCCGCCGCGGAAAGAAGAGCAAUAAAUGUGUACUGCUGUAAUAUGGCAGAUAUUCCUUGGACUGUUUUUACCCCGGGCCACGACUACUGUGCCCAGGAUGAGGGCUUGGGUGGGGCGGGAAUACUAGACAGGAGCGGGAGGGAGCGGGAGGAGACUGCAGCAGAAUGACGACCGCGGGAAAACGGACUGAUUUUUACAUUGUGACUUGGGAUGGGGAAGCUCCGGCGCUGGGACGUGGGCGGGCCAGAAGGAAGCACAGGACAUGACUACCGCUGUAAACUAUCAAGCUCCUAACAGGUCCACCGUGGACGGCGGGAAAUCAAACCAGCUUCCCGCCCGAAACGGCCAUUUCUUAACCAAGACAAAUAUCUCCCUCGCAUCUGGGGGGGCUUUUGCAAACAGCCAGUGAAGGUGUAGCUGGUGGCGUGGUCGGGAGGCGAAUGAGCGGCAGCAAAAACAAAGAGGCCGGGAGGGGGGGAGCUGACACUUCCUUGUUGAAGUGGUCACAUGAUCAGUCCACAGAGCUCAGUGGCUUCAAGAAAUGCUCUGUAUUGAAACCACUUGGAAUUGCAGACUCCUCAAGCCCUAAUGUAUUAUUCUAACUAAUCCCAUCGCCCGGUUUCUGCUUGAAGAAUUGAAUGUCCCUGCUCGAGUGCUGGAGAAGCCUUAGUGCAGCUGGCUUCUCAUUUAAACAGGUUAAUUAAAAAUAGCUGUGGAGGGGAAAAAAAAAGUAACUUCCUGCUCUGCGUGGCUCCAUUUCUGUCCUACAUAGCCGACUGCCUGCGCUCGUCGUCCUCUAGUUCCACCAGGUCAAAGAACACCAAGAGUUCUGUGCUCACAGGCGCAUCACUGACGUCCAUAUUUGGUAGAAAUAUCCUUUGGGUCUCCAGAGAGGUGCUUAUUAGCUCCAUCUUUGCGGAUCAGAACCAGAGGCCCAUGCCUCACUUGGAGAUUGUCAUCUUAUAUUGGAUUUAAGCUAAUGAAAGCAACAUUCCUCAGCCCAAUCUGAAUGCUGUUUUUCUAGAGACCCCAGUUUUUGCUUUCUCCCCUUGUUGUCAUAAUCAUGUCCUUCAGUAUUUAUAAGUGAAAUUGGAGGUGAGAGACGAGGCGGCUGCUCAUGUGUCCGAGAAUCCCUUUGUUGCUUUGAUUUCCUGGUGCGGACAAUCGCUGCCCGGCGCUGUAGCGAGGCAGUGAGGAGAAAGGCUGGCCUCUCGACCACCUUCACUGACUUUCUGUAACACAAACUCGGCUGAGACUAAACGGAAGAAGAAGAAAAAAAAAUGCCUCAUGUAAAAAUCAUUUUUAUUUCUUGUUUUAUUGUUUUUAGAAUCUUAAGUUUGGAAGGGGCGACUAUAAAAAAAAGGAAAACCAAGCUGUACGCAAAGUCUGUAAAUAUGAAUUGUGGGUUUGUUCAUACUAGACUACACACAUACACAACACACACACGCACAUGACUGGAAGUUGUAUUUGUAAACUUGCUUUGGUUUGUGUAAUAAAUUACUUUCUAUAACA